AGAGAGGGUUACAUAAGUUUCCUAUGAAUUCUUGUGUCUUCCUCCUCUGCCUCCUUCGCUCUUCAUCUUCUCUAAGUCUGCAUCUUUUAGCUCAGUGAAAAGGUUCAAGCUUCAGAAAUAAUGGCGGCCUUCCCCAACCUUAACUCUGAUGCUGGAUUAAAGAAGCUCGAUGAGCAUCUUCUCACUCGCAGUUACAUCACUGGGUACCAGGCUUCAAAGGAUGAUAUCACUGUCUUUGCAGCUCUUGCAAAGCCCCCAACCUCUCAGCAUGUGAACGCGUCUAGGUGGUACAACCACAUUGAUGCCCUCUUGAGGAUCUCCGGUGUCUCUGCUGAAGGAAGUGGUGUCAUUGUUGAGGGAUCAGCCCCAAUCACAGAAGAGGCUGUUGCUACUCCCCCUGCAGCUGAUUCUAAGGAUGCUGCGGCUGAUGAAGAUGAUGAUGAUGUUGACCUUUUCGGGGAAGAGACUGAAGAGGAAAAGAAAGCUGCUGAAGACAGAGCAGCUUCUGUGAAGGCAUCUACAAAGAAGAAGGAAUCUGGAAAGUCAUCAGUUUUGAUUGAUAUCAAGCCGUGGGAUGAUGAGACCGACAUGAAGAAGCUAGAGGAAGCUGUUAGAUCUAUUCAGAUGGAAGGAUUGUUUUGGGGAGCAUCAAAGCUUGUCCCAGUUGGUUAUGGUAUCAAGAAGUUGCAGAUUAUGUGCACCAUUGUCGAUGACCUUGUCUCUAUUGACACCAUGAUCGAAGAGCAACUCACUGUUGAACCCAUAAAUGAAUACGUCCAGAGCUGUGACAUUGUUGCCUUCAACAAGAUAUGAAGAUGGAGAAGGCUAUGAGGUACUGUGUUUACUCUGGCUGCUGUUUCUUCUAUAUCCAGUUUCUCGAGUUUCUUUACAUUGUUGUUUUGACUUUAUAUGGCUUUUGCCAACUCUGAUUCGAUUUGAUGAUAUUUAAUGAAGAAUGACAAUCCGCUGCUUCCUGUUUUA